UCUGACUCCGCGGGGGAGAUGGGAGGAAAGAAGGGCAGGAGAGGGUUUGGAUUUAAAAUAGAGGAGCAGUCGGACGUUGGGUCCCGGAAGCGACAAACGCAUAACUCAGCAGAUUAGCUAAGCCUGAGAGUCAGGCAAAGUGAAAGCUUCGUGGCCUUAUUGGGAAUGUGCUGCUCCUCUAUACGUUGUGGAGUGGACGGGGAAGGAGAACGCCUCCUUUCGGCCCUGACAGCAGCGCACGUGAGUGACGGGAACAUGUGCAGCACGGGAGACGCCGCCUCGGGGAAGAGCGGGUCAGAGGUGGCGGACGGGAGGAAGGACUUAGUGGAGCGCAGAGAGGAGCAAGGAUUAGGACGAGUGCGGGGGUGUAAACACGCACGAGCUUGCUUUUACCCCGUGAGUGGUUUGUGUCAAGAUCGCGGCGAGUACGUUUCAACAAAGGACACUCAACAGCUCAUCCCUCAAAUGCUUCCUUUAAAGGAGCAAACCUCCCGUACAGCAGGAAGAAUCAGAGUGGGUCUGUGCUGACACCUAGCGGCCUAAAGGUGAAACACACCACGUUGGUUUGGUGAAGUGGCUCUAACCUCCUCUGACCUCCUCCCGUCACGUUUCUGUGUCCGGACGCUGCACUGAACCGCUCGCUUCAGAUGCAACCGUGUGUGCAGCGCCCACAGGAAGCCUGCGAGCGUCAGCGCCCCGCGGCUUCAUGGGAACUCAUCGCCAGCGCACGGUUUCUAGGUGUGACUGCGUGUUCCGCACGUGAUGUGAAACCGAGGACGCGCUGUGGCUUCGGCAGAGGAGGUGCAGUCCAUCGGGCCUCCGCCUGUGAGCGCUCCCUCGCGGCCGUCUGAACCCGGACCCUCGUCACAGCCGGCGAGCGCGCGGUGACGCGGAGUCACGCUCGCUUCCCCUUCCCCUCGGCGCCGCGGCCCUGCCCCCGGCAGCCGGGCAGACCUCAGAGCAGCCCACGGCAGACGACAUCUGUGCUCGCAGCCAGACAGAGACCACAGCGGGAGGCGGAUCUGGUCACAUGUCCUCACUUACAGGUUUGUUUGUUGCUUUUUUCUUUUGGCUGCAAGGAGGCAGGACGUUCUCUUGUCUUUUUCUCUCCCGCUGACUGUUUGCUGCCGUGCGCUUCGAAGAGGACGCGAGAAGAGCCUGAAGCAUGUGUUCUCCGGCAGGUGCGGGGGGUUCUGGUUCUGGCCUCUCCAACCCGUCCACAGCAAGCAAUUAGAGAGACGACAGACGAGGUGUCAUGGAAAAAAAUGAAGCAGUGACUGAGGGACAGCGUCCUUGAGCUGCACCUGCGGGGGUUUGUGUGAGCGAAGGCAUGAGCAUGAAUAUGUCCGGGCCGUGGAACGGGUCCCUGGAGAACUCCUCCUGUGACCACAACAUGAGCGGGUGGGAAAAAAGCAUGGACACAAUGUACACCUACUUCUACCUGGUGCUGUUCAUCCCCGGUCUGCUGCUCAACACCACCGCCCUGUGGGUCCUCUGCAGAUACAUUAGUAAGAAGACCAAGGCGGUGAUCUUCAUGAUCAACCUGUCCGUCGCUGACCUGGCCCACACCCUCUCUCUGCCCCUCAGGAUCUAUUACUACUUCACACACAGCUGGCCGUUUGGUCGAGGCGUCUGCUUGUUCUGCUUCUACCUCAAGUUCCUCAACAUGUACGCCGCCAUAGUUUUCCUGGUGUGCAUCAGCGUGCAGCGGUGCGUCUUCCUGCUCGACCCGUUCGUGGCACGUCGGUGGAGGCGGCGCUACGACCUGCUGAUCAGCCUCGUCGUGUGGGCGGUGGUCGGCAUGGCCUGCUCGCCAUUCAUCCUGAUGCGGAGCAGCGGCGGCGGCGGCGGCUCCAGCCCGCAAACCGCCCGCAACCUGUCAUAUUCCUACGGGUCCAACGCCUCCAGGGACGGCUGCUUCAAGGACCUGCCCACGCGCCGCCUGUCCCGCACGCUGGCGGUCGCUAUGAUGGCUUCGGCCGAGCUGCUGGGCUUCCUCAUCCCUUUGAUGUGCAUCCUCUGCAGCUCCGCGCGCAUCGCCCGCUCCCUCUACAAGCGGCAGCCGCGGGAGCCGCGCGGCUCCGCGGCGCGCGGCCGCGUCACGUCCGUGACCUCCGGGGGCUGCCCGGAGAAGAGCCACGAGCGGCAGACGGACGGCGAGAAGCGGCGCGCGCUGCGGAUGGUGCUGAGCUGCACCGCCCUCUUCUUGUUCUGCUUCGGCCCGUACCACGUCAACUUCCUGCUCUACCUGAUGGUGUCGCAGGGCAUCAUCUCGAACUGCGCGGCGCGCCUGGCGAUUCGCCAGUUCCACCCGGUGUCCCUGUGCCUGGCGAGCCUGAGCUGCUGCCUCAACCCUCUGCUCUAUUACUUCCUGGCGGCCGAGUUCAGGCGGCACCUGACCAUCCGCACGUCCUCCUUCUCCUCCUCGCUCCUCUCGUCCCCCGUCGGCUCCCCGACGCAUCGCCCCGCGCAGCAGCGGCUGAUGAGCAUGGAGAGCAACUGCUCCGAGUAGAGGGCGCACGUGGGCGCGUCCGCCGGGCCAAACGCGUGGAGACGCAGUUUCAGCACGCGCGUUCCCUCGACAUCACAAACCCCGAUCCACGUGUUUCUCUUUUACGCACUAUUAAUAUCAGUAUCCUCAUCAUACUCAGCUAUAACAGCUAUAUAAGUUGUGCUUCAUGUUGUGUCAGUGGGAGUAAAAUCGACUAAAUAAGCUAUUCUAUGAAUAUCUGUGCUGUGUGUGAAUGUUGAGCAUCUGUAAAUAAAGGCAGGCCUGCUCUUA